GCCCUUUGUGUCCUGAUGGCAUCUCCCUCCCCGCCCCCCUGCCAAAAGGUUCACGCCUGGGAGAUCUCAGAUCAGUUGCUGCAGAUCCAGCAGGAUGUGGAAUCUUGCUACUUCGCAGCGCAAACCAUGAAGAUGAAAAUCCAGACCUCGUUCUAUGAGCUCCCGACCGAUUCACACGUCUCACUCCGAGAUUCCUUGCUUUCCCACAUCCAGAACUUGAAAGAUAUGUCCCCCGUCAUUGUCACCCAGCUCGCGUUAGCCAUAGCAGACCUUGCCUUGCAGAUGGCCUCUUGGAAGGGCUGUGUGCACACACUGGUUGAAAAGUACAAUAAUGACGUGACAUCCCUGCCCUUCUUGCUGGAGAUCCUGACGGUGUUACCCGAGGAGGUCCACAGCCGUUCCUUGCGCAUCGGCGCCAACCGCCGCACCGAGAUCAUAGAAGACUUGGCCUUCUACUCCAGCACAGUGGUCUCUCUGCUGGUGACCUGUGUGGAGAAGGCAGGUAACGAUGAGAAGAUGCUCAUCAAGAUCUUCCGAUGUCUGGGAAGCUGGUUCAACCUGGGCGUUCUUGACAGCACCUUCAUGGCCAACAGCAAAUUACUCUCUCUGCUCUUUGAGGUUCUGCAACAGGACAAGACGUCGUCCAACCUGCAUGAAGCAGCAUCGGACUGUGUCUGCUCCGCUCUUUACGCCAUCGAGAACGUGGAGACCAACCUUCCCCUAGCACUGCAGCUCUUCCAGGGCGUUCUGACACUGGAGACAGCUUACCACAUGGCCGUGGCCCGAGAGGAUUUGGACAAGGUCCUCAACUACUGCCGGAUCUUCACAGAACUCUGUGAGACAUUUCUGGACAAAAUUGUUUGCACCCCAGGCCAAGGCCUGGGGGACCUGCGGACUAUAGAGCUGCUCUUGAUCUGUGCAGGACACCCUCAAUAUGAGGUGGUGGAAAUUUCCUUCAACUUCUGGUACCGGCUGGGAGAGCACCUGUACAAGACGGACGACGCCAUCAUCCAUAGCAUCUUCAAGGCCUACAUUCAGCGGCUUCUCCAUGCGCUAGCUCGGCAUUGUCAGCUGGACCCCGACCACGAAGGGAUCCCCGAGGAGACAGAUGACUUUGGAGAGUUCCGAAUGAGAGUGUCAGAUCUUGUGAAGGACUUGAUCUUCCUGGUUGGCUCUGUGGAAUGCUUUGCCCAGCUUUACGCCACUUUGAAAGAUGGCAAUCCUCCCUGGGAAGUGACGGAAGCGGUUCUCUUCAUCAUGGCUGCGAUAGCCAAGAGUGUUGACCAAGAAAAUAACCCAACGCUCGUGGAAGUGCUGGAUGGGGUGGUGCGCCUUCCUGAAACCGUGCACACGGCUGUGCGCUACACGAGCAUUGAACUGGUUGGUGAAAUGAGUGAAGUUGUGGACAGGAACCCUCACUUCCUCGAUCCAGUCCUUGGCUAUUUGAUGAAGGGCUUGUGCGAGAAAGCUCUUGCCUCGGUUGCCGCCAAAGCCAUCCACAACAUCUGCUCGGUGUGCCGGGACCACAUGGCCCAGCAUUUCAGCGGUUUGCUGGAAAUCGCCCGUUCCCUGGACUCCUUCAUGCUCUCACCAGAGGCAGCUGUUGGACUCUUGAAAGGGACGGCAUUGGUGCUCGCCAGGCUUCCCCUGGAGAAGAUCUCGGCAUGUCUCAGUGAACUUUGUGCUGUUCAGGUGAUGGCCCUGAAAAAGCUGCUGUCUCAGGAGCCAAGCAAUGGCCUCUCCUCAGACCCCACCGUGCCCCUUGAUCGCCUGGCUGUUAUAUUUAGGCACACCAACCCUAUUGUAGAAAAUGGACAGACACAUCCGUGCCAAAAAGUCAUCCAGGAGAUUUGGCCAGUGCUGUCGGAGACUUUGAACAAACAUCGUGCUGAUAACCGCAUCGUUGAACGCUGCUGCCGCUGCCUGCGUUUUGCCGUCCGUUGCGUGGGCAAGGGGUCGGCAGCCCUUUUGCAACCGCUGGUCACUCAGAUGGUGAGCGUGUACCAGGAGCACCAGCACUCCUGCUUCCUCUACCUGGGCAGCAUCCUUGUGGACGAGUAUGGCAUGGAGGAGGGCUGCAGGCAGGGGCUGCUCGACAUGCUGCAGGCUCUGUGCGUCCCCACUUUCAGGCUGCUUGAGCAACCCAACGGCCUGCAGAACCACCCGGACACUGUGGAUGACCUCUUCCGGCUGGCCACCAGGUUCAUCCAGCGCAGCCCGCUAACCCUCCUGCGCAGCCAGGUGAUCCUCCCCAUCCUGCAGUGGGCCAUCGCUGCCACCACCCUGGAUCACCGGGAUGCCAACUGCAGCGUCAUGAAGUUCCUGCGCGACCUCGUCCACACCGGAGUGGCCAACGAUCACGAGGAGGACUUUGAGGUGCGCAAGGAGCUCAUUGGGCAGGUGAUGGCACAGCUCGGGCAGCAGUUGGUGAGCCAGCUCCUCCAGACCAGCUGCUUCUGCCUGCCGCCUUACACCCUACCGGACGUGGCCGAGGUGCUGUGGGAGAUCAUGCAGGUCGACAGGCCGGUAAGGGGCGCAGGCGUCUGUACGGGCCCCGGGUGGAUCGAGCCUUCCUAGCGGAGGAAGAGCAGC